CUUUAAGACGAGGACGAAGAAGACGCCGACUCUUGGCCUUCUGUUAGCAAGCACCCAUCCAUCCAGCCAUUUCUUUACCGCUUAUCCUCACUAGGCUCGCAGUGUUGCUGGAUUUCAAUGUGUAUGCAAUGAAAAAAAUAACUGUAAAACGAAUUAUUACUCUAAAACUGUGAGUUUUAUUUUAUAAUUCCACAUUUCGUUUAAUCUUACUUGCUAUCGCGUGGACGUAAUUCACGGAUUCAGACUGACAAGCGGUUAAGAUAAACUAGGCUAGGCUAGGUGGCUGGCUCCGGAGAAGUAUGGAUCUAUUUGACGACCUCCCCGAGCCCACUCAGACCGGUCCUGGCUCGACUGCCGUUCCCGUCUCGCCGCGAACCGCCAAAGACCUGGUUGACGACGACGACGACGGGAAGAAGAGCGUCAAACGAAAACGGGUGGAUGAAACAUGUGAUGUACCUCGGAACGAAGAGGAGGAGGAGAUCAAGAAAGUUUGUAGAGAAGGCCGCCCCGUGUUGCGAGGCUACGUGGCUGCGAGGCGCGGCGAGCGUGAGGAAAUGCAGGACGCUCACGUUCUACUUCCCGACAUGUGUGACUGUCUAUCAACGCUGCCUGGUCAAAUAUCUGGGGCGUCGUAUUUCGCCGUGUUCGACGGCCACGGCGGCGCUCGAGCGUCUCGCUUCGCGGCUGAGCAUCUUCACCACAUUCUGGCCAAGAAGUUCCCCAGAGGUGAAAGUGAGAACCUGGAUAAGCUGAUUAAAAAGUGCUUGGUGGACACUUUCCGCCAGACGGACGAGGACUUCCUCAAGAAAGCGUCCAGCCAGAAGCCGGCGUGGAAGGACGGGUCCACGGCGACCUGCGUGCUGGUGCUGGAUGACGUGGUCUACGUGGCCAACCUGGGAGACAGCAAGGCGGUGUUGUGUCGCAUGGAAGAGGACGGAGAAUUCCCAGAGGGACGGCGGCAGGAGGCCCCACUGCUGUCGCUCAGUCGAGAACACAACCCCACCAUCUACGAGGAGAGGAUGAGGAUCCAGAGGGCGGGAGGAACCGUCAGGGAGGGGCGUGUGCUAGGCGUCCUGGAGGUGUCGCGCUCCAUCGGAGACGGCCAGUUCAAGCGAUGCGGCGUCAUUUCCUCCCCAGACCUGAGGAGGUGUCAGUUGACGGCUAAUGACAGGUUCAUCAUCUUGGCCUGUGACGGCUUGUUUAAAGUGUUUUCGGCAGAUGAAGCUGUCAGAUUUGUCCUCGACGUCCUUCAGGACGCUAAGUUGACUGACAAGGAGGAGCAGUUUGAGGCGGCCUGCCAACAGUUGGCCGGCGAGGCGGUCAGAAGGGGCUGCGCUGACAACGUCACCGUCAUCUUGGUUUCUAUUGACUUCUGAACACACACACACACAUGCAUGCAUUGACUUUCUUUUCCAAUAAAAUACUUGACUUCCUCUUUUAAA